CCGAAUCGAGGUGUGUAUCCUUUGUUUACAUUCCUACUUUCUGACACAAAAUUGUAAUUUUUUUUAUAAAUUACGGAAAAUCAGUAAUCGCAGUGUCAUCAUUGAUUUUUCUUUUCGAAAAUAAUUUAAGUUAAAUAUGGCCGAGGCGAUGAACGAAUCAGAGACACAGGAAACUGAUAGUGACUCAAAUUGGAUCUCAUUGAAUGUAGGAGGAAAAGUGUUUCUGACCACUCUCAGCACCCUGACCAACAAGGAGCCGAAUUGUAUGCUAGCCAAAAUGUUCUCGCAAAAAUCUCUGAUAAAGCCCAGUUGCCUUCGAGAUGGGUCCUAUUUAAUAGACAGAAGUUCACAAUAUUUCGAACCGAUUAUAAACUACCUACGGCACGGACAACUUAUCCGUGAUGAUGGCCUUAGUUUAGAUGGAAUAUUGGAAGAGGCUCGGUUUUUUGGCAUUGAAAGCCUUAUACCAAGAUUGGAGGAAUUGAUUUCCAUUAGUCAUAACGCUGAUAAUAUGCCAUUGACGAGGCGAGACGUUGUUUCAUCGAUCAUUCAAACGGCAUACGUUUCCGAAUUGAGAUUCCAAGGUGUCAACUUAACUGGUGCUGAUUUAAGUAAAUUGGACUUGCGGAAUAUUAACUUUAAGUUCGCUUGCUUAUCCCGCUGUAAGCUGAAUUUUGCUAACUUAAACUAUUGUUGCUUGGAACGGGCGGACCUAUCUUAUGCUAAUUUAGAAAAUGCCCAGCUGUUAAGCGUCAAAGGAUCGUGUGCGAAUAUGGAAGGAGCUAAUUUGCAGGGAUGCAAUUUCGAAGAUCCAUCCGGUGUGUCGAAGUGUGUGUUGGAGGGAGCGAAUUUGAAAGGUGCGUGCUUAGAAGGCAGUAAUAUGGCUGGAGUUAAUCUGCGUGUGGCCAAUCUUAAAAAUGCUAACUUAAAAAACUGUAAUCUUAGAGCUGCUAUUUUAGCGGGAGCAGAUUUAGAGAGGUGUAAUCUUUCCGGGAGCGAUUUACAAGAAGCUAAUUUACGUGGUGCUAAUUUUAAGGACGCAGAGUUAGAACUGAUGCUCACUCCACUACACAUGUCUCAAGCCAUACGAUAGAAUUUAAAAAAUUUAUGAAAAUAUUUAACUGCUCGAACACACUAAUUUAUUUGAAAGUCGCAUUCGCCAUAGGAUUAUUUAUGAAUUGAAUCAAUAAAAAACAAAACGUUCCAAUAGCA